AUGCCUCUAUAUUGUAGUCGUUUCAUGGUUGCACCCUGCAAACGGACUUUGGGAGACGUUGUUCCUGACAACAACUCCAAAAUGUUCAGGCGAUGUUGGAGGAAGUUGCGGCAUCCAGUGAGGCACUAUACUGGCUCAGUGACUUCAAGUCCUGAUUCUGAGUUCAGAAAUUCGGAGAUGUCAAGCCAAAGUGAGAAACCCUUUCACACCCCAGUCAUGGUGAAGGAGGUGUUGCAGUUUCUGGACAUCAAACCAGGGCAGGUUGUCCUGGACUUGACCUUUGGGGCCGGAGGUCACUCAAAGGCCAUCCUGCAGUCGGUUCCUGGUAUAACGGUGGUGGCGGCAGAUCGUGACCCCACAGUGUUCCAAAUGGCUCAGCAUUUAGCUGAAGAAUACCCGGGCCGGGUGAAGCCAGGACGGAGGUUCAGUGAGCUGAAUAACCUGCUCCCAGCACUGGGUUUUGGUCCAGGCGGUGUGGAUGCUGCCCUUCUGGAUGCUGGAUGCUCCUCCAUGCAGAUGGAUUCAGCAGAGACGGGCUUCUCCCUCAGCAAGAAUGGACUGCUAGACAUGAGGAUGGAUGGAGACAGGUACCCCGACAUGCCCUGCGUGGCUGACGUGGUCAACGCCUUGGAUCAACAGGCGCUUGCAUCCGUGCUGGCCGCGUACGGGGAGGAGCGGCACACCAGGAAAAUUGCAGCGGCCAUCGCACAGGCACGCAGCAUCUACCCCAUCGGUCGGACCUUGCAACUGGCCAGCAUCGUAGCAGCCCGACGCUGGCGACGAGAUAGAUAGUCUCUUCAGAAGAUGACGGUAGCAGGAGGCAAGCACGUGCGUCACACCGGGAGAACAGGUGUGACUAAGGGCAGUUGUUUGAUCUUCUUUGAAGAGUAGAGCAAGUCAACAACAAUGUUUAUUCCAAUCAAUCUGGAAGCUUCUGACUCCCGAGGGUCCCUGGGGGUCGGCGGUUGGCUGCCGGCAUUACCGUUGCCAAGGGAAGCGAUUGAUGGAG